AUGCGUCCAGACAACGCUGAAACGCAGCCGGUGGACACCGCGGCUUUUGACAACGCGUGCUGCAUCUACCAGACGGUCACUCAGGCAGUGCCCCAGCAACAGCAGCUGCCACGCUCUCUUUCGCAGGAGUCUUUCACAAGCACGCUGUCCCUUGGCUCAUCCUGGUACCGAGCUUUGCACACGCCUUCUCCAACCGCAUCCGUGGGCGAACCCGAACUUGCAACUGUGUCGCCGCGCGGCGACACACGCUGCAUGGAGCCGAAGAAGGAUGCGAACAUCCACGAGCUCACGGUCACGGAGGGCCAGGACUUCAACCACGCGGUCCAGCAGGCGGUCACGGAGGACAAGCGCACGGUCACGGAGGGCCAGAACAUCGUCAACCACGCGGUCACGCAGGGCCGGGACUUCAACAAUGCGGUCCAGCAGGCGGUCACGGAGGGCCAGCGCGCGGUCACGGAGAGCCAGGACAUCUUCAACCACGCGGUCACGGAGGGCCAGGACUUCAAGCAGGCGGUCACGGAGGGCCAGCGCACGGUCACGGAGGGCCAGGACAUCUGCAACCACGCCGUCAACCACGCGGUCCCGGAGGGCCAGGACUUCCACCACAUGGUCAAGCAGGCGGUCACGGAGGGCCAGCGCACGGUCACGGAGGGCCAGGGCAAGCACGCGGCCACGGAGGGCCAGGACUUCAACCACGCAGUCCAGCAGGCGGUCACGACGGAGGGCCCGCGCACGGUCACGGAGAGCCAGGACAUCUUCAACCACGCGGUCACGGAGGGCCAGGACUUCCAGCAGGCGGUCAUGGAGGGCCAGGUCGCGGUCACGGAGGGCCAGAACAUCUACAACGACGCGGUCACGGAGGGCCAGGGCUUCAACAGCGCGGUCAAGCAGGCGGUCACCGAGAACCAGCUCACGCGCACGGAGGGCCAGAACACCUACAACCACGCGGUCACGGAGGGCCAGGACUUCAAGCAGGCGGUCACAGAGGGCCAGCGCGCGGUCACGGAGGGCCAGGACUUCCACCGCAUGGUCAAGCAGGCGGUCACGGAGGGCCAGCGCACGGUCACAGAGGGCCAGCGCAACCGCACGGCCACGGAGGGCCAGGACUUCAACCACGCGGUCCAGCAGGCGGUCACGACGGAGGGCCCUCGACCGGUCACGGAGGGCCAGCACUUCAAGCAGGCGGUCACGGAGGGCCAGCGCACGGUCAUGGAGUCCAACCGCGCGGUCAAGCAGUUGGUCACGGAGGGCCAGGUCGCGGUCGCGGAGGGCCAGAACAUCUACAACCACGCGGUCACAGAGGGCCAGGACUUCAACAACGCGGUCAAGCAGGCGGUCACCGAGAACCAGCUCACGCUCACGGAGGGCCAGAACAUCGACAACCACGCGGUCACGGAGGGCCAGGACUUCAAGCAGGCUGUUACGGAGGGCCAGCUCACGGUCACGGAGGGGGGGCAGGACCACACGGAGCACGCAGCGUUUGCGGAUGGCAAGGCCUGUCUGCUGGAUGAGGCCCGGCCGUUGAAGAGACCCCGCCACCAGACCGACAAGCCCGUGGUCAAAUGCCCUGAGGCAGAUGACCUUCCUGUCAGGCCUGCGGUUUUGGACUCGGUGGAGGCUGUCUCGCCCACGGAGCAGCGCAAACCAUCCAAGCGCAAGAGCAGUGCGUCCGCCAAGCCGAAGGCCCAAGCUUCUCGUGGUCGGAAGCCGUCCGCCAAGGGGAAGGCGAAGGGGAAAGCCAAGGCUAAGGAUAAGGCCGCUCUCAAGGCCACACCACACGACGCCCAAGUGGACAAAGCAACGCUGCCAGAGCUGGACAGUGCGCAGCCACCAGCCCGGGCCAAGGCGAAAAGCAACGGCAAAGCCAAGGCUGCGCCAAAGACCCGAGCUGAGAAGCGCCUUGAAUGGUCGCCCAACACCAAGAAGAAGCGUGCCCGCCAGUCGCGCAAGAGCGCGGCCUACCACAAAGCGAUGAAGAACGCCUUGGCCGACGGGGCGGCCCCAGAGGCCUACGCAGUGACGGUGUGA